CGAGCUCAACAGAACAGCACAUGUGCCCCUUCAGCAAUAUGGCGACAGAAGACGGUGGCAAGCCUGAAUCUGCAUCAAACCAAGAUCCAGGUCUCCGAAAGAAAAGAUGCAAUGAAACUUUCUUGAACUCAAUUCAAACAAUACUAACCAAAGACAAGAGAUAUGCAAUAUGUGCCUGUGGAAAAGUGCUACUUGUCUACAGCAUAAAAACUGAAAAAUGUCUGAGAAAGUUGAAAGGGCAUGAUGGAAAAAUAGUCAAUUUCUAUUUGAGAAAGAAAUAUCCAACACAGGUGCUUUCUGCUGAUGAAGGUGGCUCGGUAUUCAUAUGGGACUAUUUGCAAGGCACAGUUGUAAAGACUCUUAAGAUAAAGCAAUCAAUAAAGAGCAUGAUGCAGCAUCCAAUGGAUGAUGAUAUCAUCUUUAUUAGCAAGAAGGAGCUGAACUCUAAAAGUGAAAAACAUGCAGUCAAGCACUCACUGCUGAAAGUAGAGUUACGUUUAGCUGAAAAAGAAAAGGCAAAGAAAAAUCUUAUUUGUACGAGUUUAUGUUCAGUGGCAUCAAGUUCUAAGAAGAUAGCUAUCAGUUAUGACGGCAAUGUCAUUGGUUAUCUGAAAAAGAAUAUGUUAAAAGUUUACUCAUCUGUGGAUAAAGAGAAAAGACAAUUUAGCUUAGAUGGAGAAAAGCUUCUGCGAAUCACAAGCCAUCCUUCUAAGUUGAUAUUUGCCACUGGUGAUUCCUUGGGCAGAAUUGUUUUGUGGAGUGAGCUGUUUACCGCCAAAUCACCAAUUACAACAGUCUUACAUUGGCACCCACAUCCUCUUCGUAGCUUAUCAUUCUCUCAUGAUGGCCUUUAUUUACUUUCUGGUGGUCCAGAGGCUGUAAUGGUUACCUGGCAACUGUCAUCAAUGCAAAAUGACUUCUUGCCAAGAUUAGGUGCAACAAUUACACACAUUACAUUGUCUGGUGAUGACACACUAGUUGCUGUUACGCUAAGCAACAAUAAAGUAAAAAUAUUCUCAUUGGUAGAGAAAUUGUGUAUAUGCGUACUUCAAGGCUCUGCAGAAGUUACCAACAUAAAUGCUGGCAUAAAGCAUGAUCCUCGCACUGGUUGUUUAGUGCUUCCGUCUUUUCCGCCCGGUCAUUUGCAGUUUUAUGACGCACAAGAAGAUUCAAUUUUAACGACUGUUGAUAUUACUUGUCAAAAUUACGUCGUUGGACCCGUUGGCAAUGCUGGCUACAUGUCUGUUGUAGAGCGCUUCGAAUUUAAUUACGAUGGCUCUUGGCUAGUAACGAUUGAAAGAGGAAGUUAUCAACUGAUCCCAGAUGAAGUCAAACUAAAAUUUUGGCAUUACCAGCUAGAAGACCAAAGGUAUGACCUAAUUACAGUUGCUGAUGGUCCUCAUGAAAGUAAGAUCACUUCGCUGAGGGUGAGACCAGAAGCAGAAGUAUCUAGGUUUAAUCAAAUGGCCGUCACUACCUCUGCUGAUGGAAAAUUCAAAAUCUGGACUUUCGAAGUUCCAGAUUCUAAUGACAUGAUGGGAUACAACAAGAUGAAUUCCUGGAAAUGCCAGUACUCCUGCACUUUUGGAAGCUGGCCGUGUGGAAAAGCAGCCUUUUCAGAAGAUGGUUCCCUGCUGGCAGUCAUUUAUAGCAAGGUGAUAACUCUUUGGGAUUCUGAGCUUGGAUCUCUUAGAACGCGCUUUUACUGUCCAGUGCAAGAUCAGCGUUUCAGCAAUGUUAUCUUUGGAGCUGGCACAUCUGCGCCCUAUUUGCUUGCAAGAACCACGCACUAUCUCAUAUGCUGGAACCUGCUUUCGUGUUCUAUGUGCUGGAGUUUGGAUCUGCAAGUGACCUGCCUUACCGUGGACCCCUUCUCUGGCUAUGUGGCAGUUUCUGCAAUGAAGUCGGGCUCAAAAAGCAGAGUGUUUCUGCUCGAUGCAUCCACUUCGAAGAUUGCAGCCAGUCUUGGCAAAGUCCCUUCAAAAGUCAGGUCGAUGAUUUUCUCCUCCGUCGACAACGUUGAUGUGGAAAUAAGUAAAAGAUUUUGCACAAUCGGAAGGCUCUGUAUUCUCACGGCCGACAAGGAAAUCUACAGCUUUGACAGCGUAAUGAAAAGUGACGAAGUUCUUGAGACUGAAGAGGUGACAAAAGAAAAAGUCAACAACGAGUUUCAGAGUAUCUUUCGAUCUUCACUUGCGACAAAAGAAGCUGAAGGAAAAGAAGUGGAAGACGUUACCAAACUUCCUCCUGGCCUUCCUUCUGCUCCUUUCAUAAGAAAGGUGAUCAGUACACCGUCGCACGUGCUGCCUUCAGUUUCUUCCUUGUGCUCUGCGUUAUUUAAUGCCGUCCUUUCGAAAAGUGCAGAAUCGAAUAUAGAGCAAGACGAAGAUGCAGAUUCACUUGAUCACGAAAGUGAAAGCGACGAAGAGGAUGAAAGCCGAGCCGUAGAUAACGUGAAAGUACAGUUGCCUUUGGAAGGUGAUUCUCUUCCCAAGGAACCAAAAUGGAACUCGAAUCUCGCACACAAACGAAAAAACUUUGAUUUUAACUGGCUGUCAGAAUUUGUAAAAAGCAACUACAAAUCUUAGUUUUUAGAAUGAUUUAAGUUGGAAAUGGUUUUGUUCGA